AUGCAGGAUGUUCACUCGAAUCACGUAGUUCGACUGUCAGACCUCAACGCUCACGUUACAUGCAAUAUCUGCAAUGGUUAUCUUAUUGAUGCUGUCUCCAUAACUGAAUGCCUCCAUCCAUGUAAUGCCCUACAUUCUGUCUAGACUCUUUAGUUUGUAAAUCGUGUAUCGUCAAUUACCUGACGGCAAAUAAUACAUGCCCUGUCUGUGGCAUUUUAAUUCACCAAAGUCACCCUCUUAACUACAUAAGGUAAGCACUCAGUCGGUUUUCUUUCUGCGGUUUAGUGCAGACCGGACCCUCCAGGAUAUCGUGUAUAAGAUUGUUCCCAAUCUGAAAGAAAGUAGGUUUCGCGUUUGUUAUUAAGGCUUUAGAUGAAAGAAAUGCCAGGACGGAGUUUUAUAGAUCGAUUGGACAGAAGCCGCCUGCCAAUGAAGGUAAGUUCUUGCCUGAAAUGCCUAUUGGGCGUCCGCAAUCUGGGUUUGUUCAAAAUCCUGCCGUCCUCCUUGAUGCUCACUUAUUUGGUGACCUAUAAUCCUGUGACAAAGACGUGGUCUAAGAAGACUGCACAUAGGAACGCUAUCAAGAUGUUGUACACUCACAGUUAACAACUUAAACCAAGGGCUUGUUUUUGCGCUUCUUCGUCUCACUAUCCCACUGUUCACAUGCACUUCCGUGCCUAUUAUAGACAAGAAUCUAGUUGUGGCCGCCUUUUUAGACUGGAUUCGCCCGGGAUUUCUGUCCUCGAAAGAGCUUUAAAAUGACUUUUAAAAGACACUUAUUGCAAAUCUUUGAUAUUAUUCACAGAUUUCUCGUUUUCCUACCACUAUGUAUGCAACCGUUAAUUUUUGAUAGUUCUUGAAAUUCCCUAACAUUUCCGCAAAACUAUAAUAUGGCUUUGUCCUUCUCUGCACACGCACUCUACAUAUUCAACGGUUUUCUAAACCCUUCCACAGUAGCUUUCGAUUUCUAAGUUCUGAACCAACGAAACGCACUGUCAGCUCCAACUGUUGGCUGUGAAGACAGGAAUUUCGAGUACUGCCCUGUUUACGUCAGACCUAGGAAUAAAGUGGCAUAUUUUUCACCAGACCUUAUAGGCGAAUGUGCUAGGACACUUGAACAAUCAAAGGAAGGAACUCCGGACAAGAGCAGUCAUUCCAAUUCCUAUCAGCAAGAUCCAUAUUACCAUCGACUUGAUGAGCAGGUCCACAUUCAACUUGAACCUGGUUCCGAUCGCUUGGAGCCAUUGCGUCUGAAAUUCCUCCGUCUGUCCUCGAAGGCCACCGUUACUCAUCUCCGCAAAUAUGUUGCCCAGCAUGUGCUUCAUGACAUCUCUAAAUUCCAUGACGUAUGACGUUCUUCCCUUAUUUCGUGACUCCGUUUAUCUCUUUGAACAGUUUAGCUAUUUUAAGUUUAACAUUCCUUAUAAAUUUGCGCCCCAGACGCUUUUUUCUGCCCCCUAUUUUGCUUUUAAAUAUACUGGUCCUUUUGUGCUUGAAAUCCUCCGCGUAUGCUAAAAAUCCAGAAUAUUAGAAUGUAGAAGAGGUAUACUGCACCUUUGUCCUGAAUGUUGUGUCGAACUGUCAAGUUUCUAAAGCUACUGAUGGAAAACCUCAAAGCGCUAGGCCAGAGGGUACGUUGCCAGUUCGCCUUCCGGACGUGUCUUUGUAAAGUCACUGGCUGCGUGAUUCUCACUCCUCUGUUAACUCCCCUGUUUAGCUUAGCGAAUUGCUUCUCUCUCUCUACCGAUUAUUUAUGCUGGUUGCCAGGCACGCUCAAAUCAGGUUGAUUAAGCAGAAACCAGCUCCAUCAGGGACAGCGACCUAUGUAUUCUUGUCCUGAAGCCAUGAUUUAUCAUUUGUUUUAAAUGUAAGCCCUUCCAAAUGUGCAUGACAGGCUACGGAAGACUCCCUGAGAUACGUGAAUUCGAGACAAAACCCUAAGCUUCUUGCCUAGGGCAUCCUUUGAAAUGUCCUGCAGUAAAUAAUUUUUCAACAAUUAGUAAUUCCCAAAUUUAUUAUUAACCAUAAUAACUCUUUGGAACAGUAUGCAGUGACGGGCAAUCAAGGUAACAAAGUAAUGCUGCAUAAGUUACCCAGUCACUGCAACAAACGAUUUCAUUAAUUUACAGCCUUUAGUUUUCAGUAAAUGUCUUGAAUACAGGGCUUGCUUUUCCCUCCGUGUACAGUUUUAUCGUGUUUUGUGUACAUAAUAUUUCUUAAACUGUUCUUUUUCUUGCAACUUUUGUAGAUUGACAUUUUUAUUCUUAACAACGAAAACGGUACAUUUCUUGGUCGAGACCACGCCCUGAAAUUCGUGCGCGUUGUUUAUUGGAAUGAAGUAUGUGCUCCGUUUAUUGUCACGUCCUCUAUCCUUCAUUGCUAGUUGAUGAUCGACAUGAGAUAUUUUCUUCUUCUGGAAUUACAAUUUGGUUUUCUGCUAUUCAACACUUUUGGAGGCAUGCUAGCAUUGUCAAUUGACAGCGUCAUCGAGAUUUGUGAGCAAGCCAAUGGUAAAAUCAGUAUAUGUAGGGAUUGAGUGUGAGCGGAGAGGGAAAAUGCGACGCGACUGCAAAGGCUUGUCUGAUUAUUCAUUUACCCAAAAGGAACCGUUAGAUCAGGUUUAGUGGUCCCGUAGACCCAAAUUCUGCGAUAUAGCUCUUCACCACUGUCGGGUUAUUUUGUCUGAAUUCGUUUGCACCGGUGAUU